AUGAUUCCAGUGAUUGUCCAGACCUUGAUCACUGGUAGUUCAGGAGGGCAUGGAUUGCUGACCUUCAGGGAUGUGGCCAUAGAAUUCUCUCAGGAGGAAUGGGGAUGCCUGAACCAUAGUCAGCGGGAACUGUACAGGGAUGUGAUGUUAAAGAACUAUGGACACCUCCUCUUCUUGGGUCAUAUUGUGUCAAAACUAGACCUGGUCAUUUUGGAACAAAAGAAGGAGUCUUGGAAUGUGAAGCAAAAAGAGAGAGUAGCCACUCAUCUGGGUAGGUGGUAA